AUGCUGACCAUUUGCAUAGAAUCUCUCAAAGACUAUUUCUCGCAAUUCGGCGAAGUUAGCGAGUGUACCGUCAUGCGCGACAGCGCCACUGGCCGCUCUCGUGGCUUCGGUUUCCUCACAUUCAAGGAUCCUAAAUGCGUCAACACUGUUAUGGUCAAGGAGCACUAUCUGGAUGGAAAGAUUAUCGACCCCAAGCGAGCUAUUCCACGAGAAGAGCAAGAGCGAACGAGCAAGAUCUUCGUGGGUGGUGUAAGUCAGGAAGCAACUGAAGAAGACUUUAAGAACUUCUUCAAGCAAUUUGGUCGUGUUGUAGAUGCCACGCUCAUGAUGGACAAAGAUACUGGCCGACCCCGCGGAUUUGGAUUUGUAACUUUCGAUGGCGAUGCUGCUGUUGACGCUACCUUGCAGGGGCCUCUUCAAAUUCUUGGCAAGCCCAUCGAAGUCAAGCGUGCUCAACCGCGUGGAAACAUGCGAGAUGGCGAAGAGGAGAAGAAAUUCGGUGGUCGGGGAGGUGGAAAGUUUGGUGGUCGAAACGACAGCAGUGCUGGAUUCGAAAACCAACAGAACCAGAACCAGAAUCAGCAGGGUGGGGGCAACAACCAGAUGACACCUGCUAUGAUGGCGCAGUAUUGGCAGCGUAUGCAACAGUACUUUCAGCAGAUGCAACACCAAAUUGUCGCUGCUCAGAGCCAAGGCAUGCCGAAUCCGAUGGCCCAAAUUGGAGGUCAAAUGGGAGGUCAAAUGAAUCCUGCCAUGAUGCAGCAAAUGAUGGCAAUGCAACAAGGUGGCAUGAACCGGCCUCAAAGCGGAAGUCCCCAUCCCCAGGCUCAGAUGGGUGGUCAGAUGGGAGGGCAGAUGAACCCGGCAAUGAUGCAGCAGAUGCAGCAGAUGCAGCAGAUGCAGAUGCAGCAACAACAGGCUGGAGCGGGGUUCGGAGGAAAUCAGGCUAUGGCGGCGGCAGCAAACCGACCUGCCUACACUGCGCAAGAGCAACUUGCAUUUGAGCAGCAAAAGUACGAACAGCAACAAGCUCGCCGCAUGCAGCAAGCCGCAGGCUAUGGCGGGCAAGGCGGUCCCACAAGCUGGGAAGGCAUGUAUGAUGACAUCCCUCAGCCUGUCAUGCCCCCUCAGGGACCUUCUGGCGGUCGCGUGCCCAACCAGAACUUUGGUCAUGGACACGGACGCGGAGGCCAACACAAUCGGGGUCGUCAAGGGUCUUCACAACCACCAACGCAACCAAGCAAUGCUCCUCCCAACGCACCGACUGGACCAAAGAAUCCGAACAAGCCUGGUAUCAACUAUCGAGGUGGUGGUCGGAACUCCAACAACUAUCGUCACAACCCGUAUGGACAACAUGGACGUGGUGGUUAG